AUAAUUUGAAGGUCCUGGACUGCACUGAGAUUGGCUUCUGCAAAUUUCGGUACUUCUUUCAGGAGCCUUUGUGGAAUUGAAAUCCCCCCGCAUGUGCAUCACCCUGUAGGAUCCAUCUGCGACAGCUGCAUAUAUUUUCUGGGUGCAACGCCAAUGUGGGACAUAGUAAUUGUCAACACCGACCAUGCAUGAAAUCAUCACCCUACAGCUCGGUCAACGAGCUAAUUACCUGGCCACACAUUUUUGGAAUCUCCAGGAAUCCUACUUCACUUACAACGAGGAAGAGGAAUCUCCAGUAGACCAUGACGUCCAUUUUCGCCCAGGCGUCGGCGCCGAUGGGUCGGAAACAUACACCCCUAGGUCUGUCAUAUAUGAUCUGAAAGGUGGCUUUGGCACGCUCCGCAAGUACAACGCUUUGUACGAGUUGACUGAAGAUGCCACCCCGGGCCAGGGUCUAUGGGACGGAAAGGAGAUUUUACAACAGCAAGCGCCAAUUCCCCAGAGUGACUACCAGAAGAGCCUCGACGCGGGGCUACCUGCUCCAACGCUCUCUGCAGAGACAGUGAGGUACUGGUCGGAUUAUAGCCGGCUGUUCUAUCACCCUCGCUCCAUUGUGCAGCUCAACGACUAUGAGUUAAACUCCAAAAUCAUGCCUUUUGAGGAUUGGACUGUUGGCGAAGAACUGUUCAAUGAGCUCGACAAAGAGCAUGACUUGCUCGACCGAGACGUCAGACCUUUCGCAGAAGAAUGCGAUCAGCUGCGUGCACUGCAAAUAUUCACCGGCUCUGACGACGCAUGGGGCGGCUUUGCUGCAAAGUACAUUGACAGGAUUAGGGACGAAUAUGGCAAGAAGUCCGUCUGGGUUUGGGCCAUUGAGAACGGAAAGAAGGUCGAUCGGCAAACUCAGUUCAAGAGGGAUUUGAACAAAGCUCGGUCUGUACAUGCCAUCUCCACACAGGCAUCGCUGUAUGCGCCCAUUAUCGACCCUCCAAGUCGAAUCCCCCGAUCUAUCUAUCUCGAUCCUCGAUCGGAAUGGUACACUUCGGCCUUGGUGAGCGCCGCCAUGGAAAGCGUGUCACUUCCCACGCGACUGCGUCCAUAUCACGACUUUGAGGCGUCCCUGGCCGGUGAUGACAGUAUCCAUAAGAUAUUCGAGCUGCAAUCUACAAUCGUGCAGGAUGGUGAAGAUGCCGCCAGAUCGCCUACCAAACCAUCGGAUGAUAGUGAUGAGAAAGAACCUGGAAGCUCGCCGAUCAAGAAAGACUUUGAUCUGGACUUCACCUACGACGGGCUGACCUGCCAAAAAUCCCACCAUGUCUUCAACCAGCUUCAAGUUUCACGGGGAGUUGCCGAUCGGGAGAAUGAGUCGGGCGGGGAGGACCAGGGUAUCCUCCGCAGAAAACGACACUUUAACUCGGAACCAAUGUUCCAGAGGUUUCAUACGACCCUACCUUUCCCGGUACUGGACAGCUUCCCUCAGAAUAUGUUCCCGGAACUCAGAUCGAAGGAGAAAAUCAGUAUUUUUGCCGCAUUGACUGUCUCUUCGCGAACGGCAGAGAGACUGAAAGUCUACGAGACAUUGGCUGGACGAGUGGCUGGCGUGGAUGAGCGGGAAACUUUAGUCAAUGGGUUGGGCGAGAUCCGCGAGACAUACGAGACAGGAUGGAUGAGCGAUUCUGACUUCGACGAUGACUAGCCAUAUAAAAAAAAAUAUAGCUCACACUUGCAUCGUACUUGUAACAUCA